GCUCUUCCAAGAAAUUUCCACAGCAACCGUACAAUAGUCGCAGCCUGGAAGUGCCCUCGUACGGCUUCUCCUCCACGCACACUUCAACGAGCUUCGCCGUCCGCGCAGAAGCACCGCUUUCAACAGGAAGGCGCUGACGACCACGCGCGCACCCACCCCACCAUCGCCGCCGAAUCCCUUGCCUUCUGCUGCACCCAACGCUCAUUGCCACCACUACCACGGGCGCCGCCCGCAAUACCCACGAACCUCAUACACCAUGUCGGUCCUCCCGGCCGAAGUACACACCGCCCUUGCGAAUCUGCUGCGAGGCCUCCAGUCGCCCGACAACGUGCAGCGCACCACGGCCGAGCAGCAGCUGAACGAGGAAUGGGUCGCCCAAAGACCAGAGGUCCUCCUCAUGGGCCUGUCAGAGCAGAUUGAGCUGGCACAAGAGACCGCCACCCGUACAUUCGCCGCUGUUAUCUUCCGGCGCCAAUCAUCCAAGCCUCGCAAGACCCAGUCAGGCCAGACCGCAGACCUGUUCUUGACUCUCCAGGCACCUGAGCGCGAGGCUAUCCGCGCAAAGCUGCUGCAAUGCCUGGCCAACGAGGCCGACAACUCAGUCAGAUCCAAAGUUGGCGACGCAGUUGCUGAGCUCGCACGACAGCACACAGACGAAGGUGUUGCAUGGCCCGAGCUGCUGGGCGCAUUGUUCCAGGCCAGCCAGUCGUCCGUUCCUGCUCAGCGUGAGAACGCAUUCAGGAUAUUUUCCACAACCCCUCAGAUCAUCGAAAAACAGCACGAGGACGUCGUCAUGAGCGCCUUCAAGGGCGGAUUUGCGGACAGCGAGACCUCCGUACGAAUCUCCGCAGUCGAGGCAUUCGCUUCUUUCUUCCGCUCAAUCACGAAGAAGGCCCAGUCCAAGUACUUUGGCCUUGUACCCGAGAUCUUGAACAUCCUCCCACCGAUCAAGGACUCCAGGGAUGCAGAGCUACUCACCAAGGCACUCAUCUCCCUCAUCGACCUCGCUGAGGUGGCACCCAAGAUGUUCAAGCCGCUGUUCAACAGUCUUGUACACUUCAGCAUCUCCGUUAUUCAGGACAAGGAGCUUGGUGAGACCGCUCGCCAGAACGCUCUGGAGCUCAUGGCCACUUUCGCAGACAAUGCACCGCAGAUGUGCAAGAAGGACCCGAACUUUACCAAUGACAUGGUCACACAAUGUUUGUCGCUGAUGACUGAUGUCGGCGCGGACGACGAUGAUGCUGAGGAGUGGAACGUCUCUGAGGAUCUUGACGAGGAGAGUGACUCCAACCACGUUGCUGGAGAGCAGUGCAUGGAUCGUCUGGCCAACAAGCUCGGGGGACAGGCUAUCCUGCCUCCCACAUUCAAUUGGCUGCCUCGCAUGAUGACUUCAUCGGCAUGGAGAGACAGGCAUGCGGCUUUGAUGGCCAUCUCUGCUAUCUCGGAGGGCUGCCGUGAACUGAUGAUCGGGGAGCUUGACAAGGUCUUGGAUCUUGUCAUCCCUGCUCUGCGCGAUCCUCACCCUCGUGUGCGUUGGGCCGGCUGCAACGCUGUCGGUCAGAUGAGCACUGACUUCGCAGGAACCAUGCAGGGCCAGUACCACCAGAUCGUCCUGCCUAACAUUAUCCCAGUUCUCGAGUCUUCGGAGCCUCGUGUGCAGGCGCACGCUGCUGCCGCCCUUGUCAACUUCUGCGAGGAGGCCGAAAAGGACAUCCUUGCGCCAUACCUGGACCAGCUUCUCAACCAUCUCCUCAUGCUACUGCAGAGCCCUAAGCGCUUUGUCCAGGAGCAAGCACUUUCGACCAUCGCGACCGUCGCCGAUUCCGCCGAGACUGCCUUCGGAACCUACUACAACACCCUUAUGCCUCUUCUCUUCAACGUCCUGCAAGAAGAGCAGUCUAAGGAGUAUCGUCUUCUGCGUGCGAAGGCUAUGGAGUGCGCAACACUCAUUGCGCUCGCUGUUGGAAAGGAAAGGAUGGGGCAGGACGCUCUCAACCUGGUGCAGCUUCUUGGUCGCAUUCAGAACAGUGUUACUGAGUCCGACGAUCCACAGGCAUCUUACUUGCUCCACUGCUGGGGUCGCAUGUGCCGUGUGAUGGGUCGCGAGUUUGUGCCCUUCCUGGCCGGCGUCAUCCCUCCUCUGACCGAGCUUGCCGGUGCCAAGGCCGACAUCCAGCUACUCGACGAUGAGGACCAGGUUGCUCAGAUCCAGGAUGAGGAGGGCUGGGAGCUUGUCCCCUUGAAGGGCAAGGUCAUUGGUAUUAAGACCAGCAUUCUCGACGACAAGCACAUGGCUAUUGAGCUCAUCGUCAUCUACGCCCAGGUCCUGGAAGACGCUUUCGAGCCAUACGUCAACGACAUCAUGGACAAGAUUGCUCUGCCCGGUCUGGCAUUCUUCUUCCAUGACCCUGUUCGUGUCGCAUCCGCAAAGUGUGUUCCCGCUCUCCUGAACGCCUACAAGAAAGCGCACGGCCCAGAGUCGACACAGCUUGGUCAGCUUUGGGAGCGCACUGUUGAGCGCGUUCUCGAGGUUCUCAGCACCGAGCCCGCAAUUGACACUCUUGCAGAGAUGUACCAGUGCUUCUACGAGUGCUUGGAGUGCAUUGGCAAGAACUGUCUGACCCAGACUCAUAUGGGCGCGUUCAUCGAAAGUGCCCGCACUGUCUUGGUCGACUACCAGGAGCGCGUGAAGGACCGCCUUGAGGAGCAGGCUGAGAACGAGGAUGGCGAGGAGGCUUCUGAGGAGAUGUUGUUUGCCAUUGAGGAUGACCAGAACCUCCUGUCCGAUAUGAACAAGGCCUUCCACACCAUCUUCAAGAACAUGGGCACACAGUUCCUGCCCCACUGGGAGAAGCUGAUGGAGUUCUACUCAAGCGCUAUCGUCAACCCUGAUCCCACACAGCGCCAGUGGGCUAUCUGUAUCUUCGAUGAUGUUCUUGAGUUUGCCGGGCCCGAAUCAUGGAAGUACAACCAGCAGAUCAUCCAGCCGCUCAUUGCUGGUAUGCAGGACGAGGUACCCGCCAACCGACAGGCUGCUGUCUACGGCGUUGGUGUCGCUGCGCAUAAGGGUGGUGAGGCUUGGUCAGACUUCGCCGCUGCCUCUCUCCCUACACUUUUCCAGGUCUGCCAACGACCCAAUGCCCGUGACGACGACGAUGUCUUCGCCACAGAAAACGCGUCCGCAGCCAUUGCUAAGAUCCUACUUCACAAUACCGCCAAGGUGCAGAACUGGCAAGACGUUGCUACCGCUUGGGUCGACACUCUCCCCAUUGUCAACGACGAGGAGGCAGCACCUUUCUCAUACAGCUUCCUUGCCAAGCUCAUCGAGCAGCAGAACCAGGCUGUAUUCUCUCAGCCAGCCAAGGUUUUCACAUUCACCGUGCAGGCUCUCGAGGCCGAGACACUACAGGGCACCACUGCCACACAUGUUGUCAACGCGGUCAAGAGCCUCAUCCAGGCCACCAGCACAAAUCUCGGUCAGGUCGCCGGCAGCCUUACCCCCGAGCAGCAGCGUACAGCACAGGCCUACUUCAGCUAGGAGCUGAACGGGUACAAGGUCGCACAACCGAAAUGGCCGAGUAGAAAUUAGGGAUCGAAGGCCCGAUAGCCGGAAAUUCGCGCCACCAAAACCUGGACAUGUCGCGGGUGUUCUUCAAAGCGUCAGAGGAGGAAGUAAAGGCAUAGGGCGGCGUUUGCGUUCAUGUUAUGAAUGAUGGAGAUGACGGAAGGGUGUACUUGGUUAGACUAUUUUAUCACAGAUUCCCCCGUUCCCCCAAGGACUAUGGUCCAACAUAUGUAGAAAAGUGCAUAAGAUUUUACAAAGUUCAAAGCUCUUGC